AUCGAUAAUCGUUUUUCAAAAUAGCUGCGAAUCUUUUGCAUAAAAAUAAACAAUUUAAUUGCUGCAUAUUUCGGUCGAUGUGUGUAUGCACACACACGUACAUACCUAUAUAUAUACGCAUCAGAUUCGAUAUGAACUUGGGGCACACACAGCCAGCCGAACAAUUAUUUACUGCAGUGUAAAUAAACAACAAAUAACAACAAAUCGCCCGCAGAAAUCGGACGAAGUCGCGAAAAAAAAUGGAACGAGGAGGUUUGGGCUCGUAACCACACAAUUUCGCCUCUCACUCGAUUUUUGAUCGCCGCCCGGUCGCGAUCUUCACUUCAUGGAAAUUGUGAAAUUUUCGAAAAUUUGAAUACACUCCGCCAGAACCUCGAUUGUUUUUUGCGGUCCGUUCAAACCGAACUAGUACGUAAGCCACUUAUUCCGCCGCAGAGCCACGCCCAUGUCCGCGACCGCCCCAAAUCGCCAGCCGGUGCCGAAGUUUCCGGCCGCCAUGCCGCGUGGAACGGGCACAGUGUGCUCCAAUCCGGCGGUGCCCAAGUCGCCGGAUGCACUCACCUCCCUGGUGGCCCGGAAGAGCAUUACGUCCAUGUCGGAGGAGGAAAUCAUCCAAGAGAACCUCAACGAGAUCCUCGACCUCAAGUCGCGCGAGGAGCGAAAAGCCAAUGGACGUCUGGUGGCUGUGAUCGUCUGUUUUCUGGUGCUCUUCCUGGCCGUCUACCAUGCCUGCGUCCGGAAGUCGGAGAACUCGCUGGCUGGCGUCCUGGUACCGGCGGGCAUCAUGCUCUCCUACGGCGCCUGGGUGGUCGUCCUGGCCAAGAGGGACAAGCACAGGCGAGCCAUGUUUGAGCGGCACAUCGAGGAGGUGACGCUGAAGAACAAGAUCGAACUGGAGGAAAAGCAUGCGCGCCACGCGAAGAAGGCGCAGUCGCAUCAUGGUCACUCCGGCACCGAUUCCACGGGCAGUGCCUCCAGCUCGCUGCACUACGUGAACGAGCUGCUGCCCAGCGGUGGCGGUGAGCAUCGCAAGAAGCAGCGACGCCAUCGCCACAAGGAGCGCUCCGUGGAGCGGGAGGAUCACCAUCAACGCACCCAUCAGCGCCCGCAUACGCCGGACGUCGGGGUGCAUCGUGGAGCGCCCAAGAGGCCCAGUUUCCGGCAGAAGCUCUUCGGCCAGACCAUCGCCCAUGUCAAGCUGGUGGAGGCGCAGAGCGACAGCACGGACUCCGCUGGCGGUUCGGGUCCGGGUACGAGACCAGGUCGCAGUACGGUCGCCACUCCAGGUGGCCAGCCGACCGCUGCAGCCAAGCCCCAUCCCGGCGAGAAACGCCAGCGGCUGCAGCGCCUGGACACGUUGCCACUGGCGCAGGUGGUGCGUGUCAGCUCGAUUCCGUGAGAUAUAACCAUCCAGUGGAUGUGUGGUCGUAUGGAUGUACAUAUGCAUGUGGAAGUGGAGUAGUUUUUUUUUUUUUAUUGGGCGCGGAGGGCCGACCUCGCCAUUGUAUCGACUAAAUAAAUGUAUUAUAAAAAAUAUAAACAGGAAAUUCGCCUUUAUA